AUGUCCCAGCCUCAUCCUCUCGACCCGGCCACCGUCGCCGUCCUGCGUCCUGCCAUCAUCCAAAUCCUCAACAACGCCGACCUCAGCUCCGUCUCUGCAAAGAAGGUCCGCGCACAACUCGCUCAGCUCCCACCACACGCCCUUCCUCCUACACUCGACCUUUCCGCAAGCAAAAAGCAGGUCGAUGAGGUCAUCCGGGACUGCUUCGACCAGAUCUCCAAAGGCAUGCCCGCUCCACCACAACCUCCGCACUCGCACAAUGGUGCCUCCUCCGCUCCUCCCUCGGGUGGCCUUGCCCUCCCCGGCCUUGGCGGUGUGAGAGGUGGACACACUCCCGCUCCCACCUCCGCAUCCUCUACCCCCUCCAAACCCGCCCCACCCAAAUCCGCAUCCGCCAAAUCCGCUCCAGCUUCCAACGGCACCAAACCGAAGCCAGAGCCCAAGCCCAAGAAGAAAGCCGCAAAGAAGCGCGCUGCCGCCGACGAAGACGAUGAUGACGAGCCCCGCAAGAAGAGAGCUGCGAACCCCAACAAUCCAUUUAAUAGGCCUCUCAUCCUCUCUCCCAAGCUUGCCGACGUCUGCGGUGGUAACGAGAUGCCACGUCACGCUGUCGUCAAGCAGCUGUGGGCAUACAUCAAGUCGAAUAACUUGCAGAACGAGGGCAACAAGCGCCAGAUCCUUUGUGACGCCAAACUCACCUCCAUCUUUGGCAAGGAAGCCGUAGACUCUUUCGAGAUGGCCAAGCUCAUUGGAUCCCACCUGACCAAGAAGGACGACGCAUGA